UAUCUUAUAAAAUAAAGAGAGGUUAAGGUAUCUAUUAAUUCUAUAUGAUACAAUACAACACAUUCACAUGAAAUAUUUUCAUAUUACUGCAUAUCAAAAUGUUUGGAUUUCAGGAAGAAGGUGAAACUUUAAAAGAUAAAUCAAAAUGUGCUCAUUUACGUGCAAGCUUGAAAAUGUGUUUAUUGGAAACAGAUUGUUGUAAAAUACAAAGACGAACUCCUAAAGAUUGUCUUGUAAACAUGGAUCCAUCUGUUCCUGAAGAAUGCUAUGCAAUACGUCAAACAUUUUUUGAAUGUAAACAUUCAAUUAUUGAUGGAAGACGAAGAUUUAGAGGACCUAAAGGUUAUUAAUAUUUAAUUAUUAUAUAUAUAGAAAAUAAGGCAAUAACAAUCCAUAAGAAGUAAUAUUAGAAGUGAUUUAUUAAUAUUCUGUUAUUAUUCGUUGUACAUAAUAUAAUAAAUCCUAUCGUAAUUGCGAAAUAUUAAUGUAU